AGGUCUAGUAAUCGACAACCCGAUUCUUCCAUUAUAUCCCAAUUUGAGAAAGGUACUAUCUGGUAUAAAUGCAAGAUAGGUUUGGAUCACUUUGAAAGAUGGAAUGUUCUUGCCAUUAAUCUUGAAGGUGAAGCUGCAGGCCAAUAUAAAGCACAUUUGCAUAAUGAUUGCUUAAAGGUGCAGAAUAACAUUUUGAGACAGUAUUUUGGAGAUAAUUUUCAGUGCAAUAAUUCUAAAAAUGUAUCUUUGGAACUAUAUAAUGUUGAAAAUCUUUUUGAUCAUUUUUCAACUAUUCAAGAACCUCAACAAGAUGAAUUGGAACUAUUGUUUGCUCAAGCUAAUUUUAUU